AUGGCUUCAGACGGUUCACAUAUGUCUGAUGAGUACACACAGGAGAAAUGGUCUCGCAACAUCGAACAGUCUCGCGAAUCAGACUCAAUCGGCGAGUCCAUCUCCUCGGUCGAUACUCAAAACGAUCAAGAUGCGCUAGGCAAGACUCUCACCGUUCGAGCCUCUCGAGCAUCAGACCAUAUGUCUCUCUCGCAGCGUGUCACAACCAUCCCGACAAAUAUGACCGCCGAUCCGAACUAUGAAGUCGACUGGGAUGGCGAAGAUGACCCCGAGAACCCAAAGAACUGGACCCUGCGAUAUAAGGCCAUGGGACUGCUCUUUCUAUCUUGGAACACUCUCAUUGUCGUGCUAUAUUCCACCUCAUAUACAUCUGGCGUUUCUCAAAUCGGCGAGGAGUUCAACGAAAACUCAACAAUUGUCACUCUCGGUUUGACAUUCUACCUUAUCGGACUCGCAAUCGGCUCAAUGUUCAUGGCCCCGCUGAGCGAAGUCUACGGCCGGAAGCCCGUUUGCGUCAUCUGUCUAUUUGUCUUCACAAUUCUCAUUAUUCCCUGCGCGCUCGCCAAAUCUGUGACAGCUCUGAUAGUUGUCCGCUUUAUUGGAGCUUUCUUCGGCAGUGUGAUGAUUUCCACCGCGCCUGGAAUGGUCGCGGAUUUGGUCCACGAUGAGCAUCGAGCUCUGGCCUUUUCAAUUUGGAGUAUAGGCCCACUAAAUGGACCCGUCCUGGGACCCGUCAUCGGUGGGUUCGUCACACAAUACCUAGGCUGGCGAUGGAUGUGUUGGAUUGCGCUCAUUCUGUCUGCUGUGGCACUCGUUCUUGCUGUCAUUCUGGAGGAGACCUAUGCGCCUACUUUGUUGCAAAACAAGGCUGCCCGUCUGCGCAAAGAGACUGGUGAUGAGCGAUGGUGGUCCCGCUAUGACCGGAAGGAGAGUCUCUAUCUGAUCUUGAAGUUGAAUCUCAGUCGCCCAUUUGUUAUGGCUGUCACUGAACCAAUUUGCAUAUUCUGGAACAUCUACGUCGCCAUCGUGUACGGUAUUCUCUAUCUCUGCUUCACCGCUUAUCCCAUUGUCUUUAGAGAUAUUCGCGGCUGGAGCCUUGGUCUUUCGGGCCUAGCGUUCCUGGGUAUCGGCAUUGGCGUUCUAGUUACCAUCGCCUGUGAGCCUCUCGUCCGUCGACUUAUCAACAACCACAAAGUGGACCCGGAGACAGGAAAAGUUCACCCAGAAGCAAUGGUCUCCUUCGUGUGUAUCUGUUCAAUCCUCAUCCCCAUCGGCGAGCUCUGGUUCGCGUGGACCUGUGCCCCGGCUUCGAUUCAUUGGAUUGUCCCACUGUUCGCGGGUAUUCCCUUCGGCGCCGGCAAUACAGGUGUUUUCAUUUAUGCGUCCAAUUACCUCACUCACAGUUACGGAAUGUACGCCGCCAGCGCCCUGGCCGGCAACUCCGUUAUCCGCAGUGUACUUGGCGGUGUGCUUCCGCUGGUUGGAUCAUAUAUGUAUGACAGCUUAGGGCCAAAUUGGGCGGGGACUUUGCUCGGCCUGUUGGAAGUUGCUAUUGUGCCGAUCCCCUUUGUGUUCUACAAAUACGGGCAUAAGAUUCGCAUGAAGAGCAACCUCAUUGUGCGCAUGCAAGAGGAUAAGAAGAAGUUGGAAGGCAAGCGCGCGAGAAAAGUCACCGCGCAAGGAACCGCGCGUCCAAAUGACGAGGAGAAGCAGAAUGAGGGGAUCUGA